UACUAAAUACGCAGAGAAAGGGCGUCUGGGUCACCCGCCUGGGGCCGGCUGCUCCCCCUGGGUUCUGAGUCCCAAUCUCUGGGGAGCGUUUCUGAGUGGUAGGGAAGUCACUCUAUCGCCCGCGGUCCCAGCAGCCCGGUUCCGGCAGUGGGUCCCCCGGCGCGGCUCCUUUAAGAGCUCCUGGGUCGCCCACCGGAGGUCGCCCCCACGCCAUGCGGGUGCUGCGGGCCGGCCUGACCCUGGCGCUGGGCGCGGGCCUGGGCGCGGCCGCCGAGAGCUGGCGGCGGCGGCGGGAGGACGCGCCGGUGGCGCCGGGGCUGCUGGGUCGGUUGCCCGUGCUGCCCGUGGCGGCGGCCGCUGACUUGCCCGCCGUGCCGGGGGGACCCGCGGGCCGCGGCCCGGGCGAGCUGGCCAAGUACGGGCUGCCGGGGCUGGCGCAGCUCAAGAGCCGCGAGUCGUACGUGCUGUGCUACGACCCGCGCACCCGCGGCGCGCUCUGGGUGGUGGAGCAGCUGCGGCCCGAGCGGCUCCGCGGCGACGGCGACCGCCGCGCGUGCGACUUCCGCGAGGACGACUCGGUGCAUGCGUACCACCGCGCCACCAACGCCGACUACCGCGGCAGCGGCUUCGACCGCGGCCACCUGGCCGCCGCCGCCAACCACCGCUGGAGCCAGAAGGCCAUGGACGACACGUUCUACCUGAGCAACGUCGCGCCCCAGGCGCCCCACCUCAACCAGCAUGCCUGGAACAACCUAGAGAAGUACAGCCGCAGCUUGACCCGCAGCUACCAGAACGUCUAUGUCUGCACAGGGCCGCUCUUCCUGCCCAGCCAGAGACCCUUUGGGUCCCUCCUACCACCUCUCCUCUGCCCAUGGGCAGCAGCAGGCCCUGAAUCUGCCCCCGCUUCUCCCUGCUGUCACCUCUUGGCACACCUACUCAAUCCUGUUCUCAUGGAAACUCCUCCGGGUCCCUGGUGCACCAAGCUCUCCCACCUUCGGUCUCCGCUCUGCUUGGAGCGCUUUCCUCCACCCUUCUCAGGAGUUGGAAAUCGGAUCUGCCUGACCCGGGGCCGCCACCCUGGCCUCCCAGGUGGAAGCGACUGAGCACCGCUGGCCAUGCUCCGUGGUUUCUCUGGACUGUGGAGGCAAUAGGUCGAGGCUGAGCAGCGCACUCUGGAAUCCACAGGCUCAGGAUGGACUCUAGGCCUCAUCACCUAGUCCCUUGGUGCUGUGGGCAAAUGACCUGUGUCCUCCGCUGCAAAACAGGGCCAAAACCUGUGACCUCUUGGCUGAUGUCACAUGCUUCCCCAGGGCCUGGCCCGUGGUAAGGGCUUAGCACGGGCUGGCCAAGGCAGUGGUUGGGGCACUGAUCAAAUUUCAUUAGCAGGUGCCUCCUAUGACCCGCGGCAAGGGAGGAGACUCUGCUGAGGGGAAGCCCUCAUCCAGUGUCAUGGUCCUCGCUCACUUGGUGCUCACCUCCAUGGGGAGAGACGGACAGUCGUUAAGUGUCCCCCCAGAGGAAUGUGAAUAUUCAGAAGGCUCAAUUCUUCUAGCAGCAUUUAUUGUCACCCACUCCGCGUGACCCCGUGUUGGGCAUGAGGCAAACAGAGGGAAAGAGUUAGCCUCCACCCUGAAGAGGGUUCUAGCCUCAAGCAGGAGCCAGGCAGGGCAAAGAAGCCUCACAGUGAGAGGGUGGUCCGCUAGCUUGACAGAAGUUAGAGGACAGAUCAGGGAAGGCUUCCUGGAAGAGGUGGCCUUGGGUUCAACCAGGCCUCCUGCCCAUGUGUGCCUGGGUCUGCCCACAGGACAGAGGCUGAUGGGAAAUCCUAUGUGAAGUACCAGGUCAUUGGCAAGAACCAUGUGGCAGUGCCCACACACUUCUUCAAGGUGCUGAUCCUGGAGGCAGCAGGCGGGCAAAUCGAGCUUCACUCCUAUGUGAUGCCCAACGCACCUGUGGACGAGGCCAUCCCCCUGGAGCGCUUCCUAGUGCCCAUUGAGAGCAUCGAGCGGGCCUCGGGGCUGCUGUUUGUGCCAAACAUCCUGGCUCGAGCAGGCAGCCUCAAGGCCAUCACGGCAGGCAGCAAGUGAGGGCAGAGCCCAGCGAGACUGUGGGUGUGUACAGGCUGGGGGACAUUAAAGGUGGGGAUUUUUGGA